GUGCACUGUUAAUCAACAGAGAGAAUAAGCCAGUUAUAUAACAUAAGUUGUAAAUAGUUUUCUGUAAUGUAGUCAUGUGGGGAGAGUUGAAUGUAGGACCAACCACUCUUUAUUAUUUUACCUUGUACAAUGUGGAAGCUAUUCUUUGUUUGUAUUUUAAUCCUGUCAACAAGGUCAGGUUUGUUUUCGAUAUUUUUUGAUGAAUAUGACCCAGAUGUGAUUCCUCAAGACAUAUAUGAUGCUGAUUUUUCUUGUGCGCAUAUCGGUUCUGGAUGUGAUCUGACAGAGGACUGUUGUGGGACAGCUACAUGUGUUCUGCCCUCCUGGUCUCCCACUCCUGUCUGCUUGGUACCCGGGUACAAGGAGGAUGAGAAACUGGCAAGAAUGUCUUCCUACGAUCCUCCCAGGAGGAAAGAUAUCAUCUACCUUCGUGACACCUAUAACACCACCUUCUUCGACUUUCUCUUGACUGAUUUUACGACAGAUUCUCCUCUACAAGAAGAAAGACUCAAGGUGAACUAUUCCACUGUGUCAGAACCUGGCAAUGCCUCAGGACCUGAAGAAAAAAUUAGAUCCCCUAAUUUAGGAAAUUUCAAUUUAGAAAUAAAGGUCUUGGAUGGGACAACAACAGAAGGUAGAAAAAAAUUGAGUGCUUCUGCAGAAAGGUACUUUAGAGAAAAAACACUCAAGUUACCUUUUAAACCUAAAGAUAUUCUCCAACCUACACUGAAACCAGUUCAUAUUGAUUUUGAAGAUCACUCAGAAGAAAAGGAAGAAAAUAUUUUUGCUCUAAAACUGCCUUUAGAUUUGACAAAACUUUUUAAUGAUUUCAAACUGGUAAUUGGUAGACGGCACAGAUUUCUACUAUUAAACUCCAAUAUAACAAUAAAUCAAGGAAAACCUACAGUAAAUGAAAUUUAUGAAAUGUUCAGAAACAGUGAUAAGCACAAAAUUAUUAUACAAUUGUUACAUGAGAAACUAAGAAGGUUGAAUGACAAAGAGAACAGUGGACCAUUAAAUGUGGCUUUGGAUGAUUUGAGCAUUCUAAAAAAAACUGAAUCUUCCGAAACGGUACCGAACAAAAGCAAAUGGAGUAUGGUAAGGAAAUUCUUCUUGAGAAAAUCAAAUGACAGGGGAAAUGCUUUCAAUCAAGAUAAAUUUGUGGAAGCACCAAUCAAAGCUGUUAAUCAACCAAGAGAAACAGAAGGGAUUGAGGAACUUAUGGAGAAAUUUUACAUAAGGUCUAAUGUAGAUAGUGGUGUUCAAGAUAAAAAAUUAUCUAAUGAACAUAGAGAUGAUGGUUUAGUGGAAAUUUUCAACAUUAACUAUCCAUACAAAUCAGAUCGGAAUACAGAAUUUAUAGCUUCUAAAGAGUACUUAAAGAAGUCAAAACUAUUGAAUUCUCUGGAACAUAAAAAUCAUUAUACAAAAAAUGAGAUAGAUACUAUGAGUGAGGCGACACUUUUCAAAACUUAUUCCACUAAAUCAUCUGAAAAGAUGGAGACAGCAGCAACUAAUAUUGCUGUAGACAUGCAAAACUAUCAACAGUUUUUAAAUGAGUCAUUCAGCUACAUUAAAAAGAUCUUGAAUUCCCUACAACAAAAUAAUGAGAAUGGAAAUAUUCAAAUUUUGAAAGUACAUAAGUUAAAAACAGAGUCAAAAAAGGUUGAAAUAAGCGACAAAGCACAUACAAGGAAAGGCUCCUACUUGCAUUCAGUACAUAAAAACUCGUCUAAAAAGUUGACAGGAGGAUUAAAGAAUGCGUUUAAUAGGAAAGAAAAUCCAAAGAAAUCUACUACACAUGAAAGGAGAGCCUUACGACUAAAUGAACACUUACUUCUUGCUGUGAACUCUAAAAACUUUUCAGAGAAAAUGGCUGAUUAUUUUUCUCAAAGUGAAUCGGAUGGGAAGGAUUCAUUAGAGUUUUCUUUUGACUCAUCUUUGUCAAAGGAAUCAACUUCACAGUACAGAGAGGGCUUGUACAAUGAUUCAUAUGUUUUCAUGGUGCGGGAAGAUAAUUCAAGUUUUCCUGAGAAGAAGCAAUCGAAACUGGAAAGAAUCCUAAAUUUUUUCCACAGAGCAAAAUCCAUUCCAUGUCCAAAAACUAAGAAUCCUUGUACUAACACCUCAAGCUGUGAACAGAAUGAAUCUUCCAAGCCUUUGUCUCUCCUGAACAAGAAGAAGAAAUGUUUUCAGAACCCAACAACAGAACAAUUUAUUGAACUCCCAGAAAGUCUUAUGCCAGAAGCUCUUGAAUUAAGACGUGCAAAUGAUUCCUCCGAGUUUUGGUUUUUCAAUGAGUCUGAUGAAACUUUGAAUGAAGAGCAUAACAAUCUUGAUGAACAGCAUACUAGAUUAUUUAACUUUCUACUUUUCGUUAAUAACUUUGUCUAUAAAAGACAAUUAUUCUACCCUGUCUAAAACUUGUAACAUGAAAAAUGGCAUAUUUUUAUUGAAUUGAAUUUAAUUUCCAUUAGGUCCAGUUUGUGCUGGUAUAAGAAAAAGAUAAAAGAUCUGUUUAUCUAUUUGUUUGGUUUCACUUUACAUCAAUAACCUUUCUAUAUAAAGUUUGUGGUUAAAGUAAUGUUUAGUGUUUAAAACUCACUAUAAAAUAUAUUUUAGUUCAAUGCCUCUUCUUGUUCAAGAUGGUAGUAAUUUCCUUAGUACUUUUGUGAAUUCUGAAGUUUUGAUGUUCAUGUUGAGGAGCUUCUUGUUAUGUUUCUUUUCUGAAAACUUAAAUUUAAAUAAUUACUGCAUAUUCUAUUUGAUUUAAAUCAUUAAUACCAUUAUUUUAGUUGAAGAGACUCAUGUAUAAAAUAAUAAUAAAAAAUGGAUGUGACUAGA